AAUGUUCUUACUCUUAAUAAGCCUCAGUAAUCAAGACUGUGCAGAAGGAUUCUUUCUUCCUUAUUUCAGCAAUACCUGAGUUAAGACAGAAGAUCUGUGAACUGUGUUCUCCUAAGAAAUCAUUUACAAUGGAGAUCCUUCUUUCUUUCUCUAUUUUGUCCUUUGGUGUCUUCAGUAUACCAGUGGGCUGUGACCAACCUGUUACCCCUUCUAUGCCAUUAUCGAUGAUCAUAUGUACUGAAAGGUUUGAAAAACUAUACUCAGAGAUACAUAAUUCUUCCACAAUGUCUGAAAAGGCAGAAUACAGUACAAAGGAAAACAAAGCAGCUAGAAUUAAAGAGCACUAUGAUGUUUUUGAUCCGUGGAAAGCCUGUGUAAAGCUUAAUGGUCAAUGUAAAAAUCAAUGUGGUGAAAAUGAAUUUAAGAUGUCGUACUGUGCAAGACCUGAAACUCUUUGCUGCUUGAAAGAAUGUGACCCUGUCGAGUAAUUGAAGAGACCCAUU